AAGAUCAUCAUCAAAGCAGAAUGCGAUUAUCACCCCGAGAGUUGGAUGGUCUUCUUGUUUUUCAAGCUGGCUCCGUGGCUCAGAGACGACUGGCCAGGGGCGUCAAGCUCAAUCAACCUGAGGCAGUGGCCCUCAUAUCUUCUGUUGUAAGUGGUACACCUUUUUGUUUACUUUCAACGUAGAGUGAUCGGGAGGAAACGUGUCGUGACCGGUUGGAAAUGUGGCGUGGCCGGUCAGAAAUUUGACUUGACAGUUCUGAAAUUUGACGUUACCGAUUGGAAAUGUGGCGUGACGUGACCGGUAGGAAAUAUGGCGUGACCGGUAGGAAAUUUGGCGUGACCGGUAGGAAACUUGGCGUGACCGGUUGAAUUAGAUAAAACAGCGGUGUUCCACCACCCCUUCAAUAGUCUGGCAUUAUCAAAUGUAAAGGUUAGUCUAUCUGUGAUCACAAUUUGAUUAAAAAUCUGGCUACGAUCCUAUUUUUUCUUCCCAAAGUAAAAGUUGUUUGAUCAGCGGCAAAUAUUAUGUUGUCAUAAGAAUAUUUGGUUAAGUUAUGCUCUAGAUUACACGGAUCAGCGACAAAGUGUCAUUUAUUAAGAAUCUGAUAAUUACACAUAUAAAAGUCCCCACUCCUGCAUUGUGUAUGAGAUUUUUAUUUAAAAGCAGUUUGCACAAGCUAACAGGAGAAUUGUAAUGAUUUCCCUUUGUGUACCGUACCACAUAUUUAAUGUACUUUAGAAGGUGCCCACUAGUAGCUUUAGAAGCGGAGGGCCCAUCAUCCUACCACCAAGUAGGACUCCUUUGGACGAGCAUCACCACGGAGGACCCAGCAUUUUACCACCUAGUAGGACUCCAUUGGAGGACUGAUGCUAGGAUCACCAUUCUAGUGUUGAAUUCCCUUUGUUAAGGAGGGGAGUAGUCAAAGCUGAACUGAUAGUUCUGCAGUUUAUGCAGGGAAAUGCAACCCCCUCCCCAGUGUCGAACUUCGACUUGAUGAGCUCUAAGCUAUACAGAGUCCAGAGGCCCCCUACUGUUUUAAAUUAUAUCAGCUGGGCAAAAAUAAAAUAAAAAUCUAUAGCCGGUAGAUUGUGAGGCCCUAAACUGUAGCUCAUUGAGCUGGUAGAUCAAUCCGGCACUGGCCUGCAUGUUCACCCCACAGGUUAUUGCUUAUUCAUGGCUAUCAUUAGUUAGAGGAGCUCCCACCCACACACAAAAAUAAAGAAGUACAAUCUGACACAUGUGAUGUGGACGUGUAUUGUUGUCAAUUAACACCCCUGAUUAACCCAUAGGUUUGUUGUAGCCUAAUUUUUAAAAAAAUCACUUACGAAGGAAGGGGAUCGAUUUGUUAGAAUGAUUGGUGGGUAAAGGGUGGGUUUGGCUGAGGGUAGGGAGAAUAAAGUAAAGAUCUCUCCCCAAUAGACAGCGACGAGACCAUGACAGGCAGUUCCGGUUCAUACCAGCAAGAAGCCAGUUUUGGAGCUGCUCAUUCCUGCCAACGACAAUCGGGGACUGGAACAAGCUUCCAAAAAGGAAAAGUUGAGGCGACAACAGUUGACACGGUUGCAUCUAUUACUUCAAGCCAUUUCAACCCCCAGUGCAUGAUACCCUCACAAAGUAGCCCUUGCAACCAAUGAAGUAUCCUCAACACCAGGCACAGAAACAUUGCAAAUCCCAUCUACAUGCAUAGGAGGCGAAAUGAUCAAUAACUUGAUCAAGGGCCCUUGAGAUGUAUAGAAGAAGAGAAGAUUGUGAUAGGGCAGUGGUAGGAAGAAGAGGGUGGGGAGGGGGUGGAGGGUGAAACUUGGAAUGACUGCAUGGCCUUGUCAGUGAAUUUGGUCGGGGAGAGCAGCAGGGUCUGGUAGAGCAGCAGGGUCUGGUAAAGCAGCAGGUUCUGGAAGAGCAGCAGGGUCUGGAAGAGCAGCAGGGUCUGGUAGAACAGCAUGGUCUGGAAGAGCAGCAGGGUCUGGUAGAGCAGCAGGUUCUGGUAGAACAGCAGGGUCUGGUAGAGCAGCAUGGUCUGGUAGAGCAGCAGGGUCUGGUAGAGCAGCAUGGUCUGGUAGAGCAGCAGGGUCUGAUAGAACAGCAGAGCAGGGUCUGGUAAGGCAGCAGGGUCUGGAAGAGCAGCAGGGUCUGGAAGAGCAGCAGGGUCUGGUAGAACAGCAGGGUCUGGUAGAGCAGCAUGGUCUGGUAGAGCAGCAGGGUCUGGUAGAGCAGCAUGGUCUGGUAGAGCAGCAGGGUCUGAUAGAACAGCAGGGUCUGGUAGAACAGCAGGGUCUGGUAGAGAAGCAGGGUCUGGUAGAGCAGCAGGGUCUGGUAGAACAGCAGAGUAGGGUAGAGCAGCAGGGUCUGGUAGAACAGCAGAGUAGGGUAGAGAAGAAGGGUCUGGUAGAACAGCAGAGUAGGGUAGAGCAGCAGGGUCUGGUAGAGCAGCAGUGUCUGGUAGAACAGCAGAGUAGGGUAGAGCAGCAGGGUCUGGUAGAGCAGCAGUGUCUGGUAGAACAGCAGGGUCUGGUAGAACGGCAGGGUCUGGUAGAACAGCAGGGUCUGGUAGAACAGCAGGGUCUGGUAGAACAGCAGGGUCUGGUAGAACAGCAGGGUCUGGUAGAGCAGCAGGUUCUGGUAGAGCAGCAGGGUCUGGUAGAACAGCAGGGUCUGGUAUUGUCAGAAACGAAGUGGAAGCGGCAGUGUAUCAACAACAUCUAUCAGUUUUUUUUAAAAUCUAAAAGUAAAUUUGUUUGUAAUACCGGUAGUAGGCCCUAUACUUUAUUAGAUUGAACAUUUGUAAUACCAUGAGUUGUAUGCCCUAUACCUCAUUAGAUUGAACAUUUGUAAUACCAGUAGUAGGCCCUAUACUUUAUUAGAUUGAACAUUUGUAAUACCAUGAGUUGUAUGCCCUAUACCUCAUUAGAUUGAUUAUUUGUAAUACCAGUAGUAGGCCCUAUACUUUAUUAGAUUGAACAUUUGUAAUACCAUGAGUUGUAUGCCCUAUAACUCAUUAGAUUGAACAUUUGUAAUACCAGUAGUAGGUCCUAUACUUUAUUAGAUUGAACAUUUGUAAUACCAUGAGUUGUAUGCCCUAUACCUCAUUAGAUUGAACAUUUGUAAUACCAGUAGUAGGUCCUAUACUUACUAGAAUGAACAUUUGCAAUGCUGGUAGUAGGCCAUAUACCUUAUUAGAUUGAACAUUUGCAAUACCAGUAGUAGGUCCUAUACCUUAUUGGAGUGAACAUUUGUAAUACCAGUAGUAGGCCCUAUAGCUUAUUAGAUUGAACAUUUGUAAUACCGGUUGUAGGCCUUAUACGUUAUUAGAUUGAACCUUUGUAAUACCAGUAGUAGGCACCAUACCUUAUUAGAUUGAACAUUUUGCAGUAAUGCCUUCCUCAACAAUUGUAUUAUUUAGUUACAAGAAUUUGUUCGAAACGGAUUGCGUGUAGCAGAGCUCAUGGAAAAAGGCAGACAAAUGUUGGGUGAGUUACAAUUUUUGGCAGACAAAUUUUGGGUGAGUUACUAUUUUUGGUGUAUCCCCCCAUCCCCCAGCAAUUUGGUAGAUUAGUUAAUGUUAAUGAUAACUGAAUACACGGUUUCAAAAUUUGAAAUUAAUGUAUACACGGUUCCGAACUAAGAAGUUAAUGUUGCAAAUGAAUAAUCUUACCGUAGAGCCAAUGUCUCAAAAUGAACAUCUUAUUACAGGAAGAAAUCAGGUCAUGCCUGGUGUAGAGGAAAUGAUCAGUGAGGUACAAAUUGAAGCAACUUUUCCCGACGGAACCAAACUGGCAAGUGAAUCCUCCAUCAAUAACACACAUUAAUAAACUUAUCGGAUAAUCUAAAGAAAAGGAAACAUCAAACAGCAUUUAAUAUAAACUAUUAGCGACACUUUAUUUUAAAUUUAAAAAUAAUGUUUAUUCUGUUUCUUUUCUUUUUUUUUUUAAUCAUUUUUUUUUUACAUUUCCAUUUUAAACUAAAAGAAGGAUCUAAUUUCUGUCAUAGGUUACAGUACACAAACCAAUAGUGAGAGAAAAUGGUGACCUUGUUCUUGCUCUGUAUGGAAGUUUUCUACCAGUUCCAUCGCUUGAAUUGUUCCAAUCAACAAAUGCAACAAAAGUAAUUAAGUUUUUUUUUUUUUUUAAUAUAUUCUUCAGGUUAAACUAAACAAAAUUACGUUUUGUAAAUUGGUUUCAUAACCAUGGGACAUAUUUUUUUAAUUCAAUGCUAGGUUUACGUUAAAUUACUAUUUUUAAUGAUGGCCUAUGUAUUCUUAGGACAGUGAGCAAUCUUUUUUUUUUUUAAAUUAAAAAAAAAGGUAUUUGAUUCGUUAAUUUUUUUUUCGUUUGACAGUUUGAUGGUCAAAAUUAUAUUACAUGUACUAAUGAUGUAACACCCGGCGAGCUGAUUGUGCAGCCAGGGGACAUAACCAUAAAUGAAGGGAGAGAAUCUAUAUUUCUGGAUGUCACUAGUUUUUGUGAUCGGCCUAUUCAGGUAACGAAGUGGCUAUUCGAACCCGGGUACCAGAAGUGAGAGGUUGGGAUUAAAAUAUAUUUAAAAUAUUAUCGGUGGGUAGGUAAUGUUAGCAACAAAGAAAUUGCAACUGGUAUUUUUGAAACAUAGUAUUUUAUAUUCAAAUGUAAUUAGAUAUGUCUUUUAUUACCAACUAUUUAUAAUAAUUAUUAUUAUAAUACUUGUUUAUGAUCCAAACAUCUUACAGAGAUAAUGCAACCACUGACAAAAAAAUGAAAACUUGAUUAAAACAAUUAUAUGAGAAUGGCAAAAAUGAAAAACUUAAUAGACCAAAAUUAUUAUUACUUAUUUAUUAUUGUUGUAUGUGUGGGGGUGGGUAUUUUUAUAUUAUGUUAAAAGAAACAGAAAUUAUUUCAGAUUGGGAGCCAUUAUCACUUUGUAGAAACUAACAAAUUCCUGACCUUUGACAGAGAAGCAGCCUAUGGUAAAAGGCUGGUAAGUUUUACAAAAAGCAAGUCUUAGUAAAUAUAAAUUCUUUAAAAUAAAAUUAUAUACAUUCUAAACAAAUUUAUUAUAAAGAACAUCUGUAUCAUAAAUCUUAUCCAAUUAAUACAAAAAAUGCAAGGUAUAAUUAUAAGGAAUUAAUCUUUCAUUUGAGAUGCUAAAAAACUCAUGCUAUUUUUUAAAUAUUACCAGAAUAUACCAGCAGGUACAGCUGUAAGAUUUGAACCAGGAGCUAUCAAGACAGUACACUUGGUUGAGAUAGGUGGAAAGAAGUUAGUAGUCUACAUUCAGAUUUGAUUAUACAGCAUUCUCAAUUCAAAAAUAUGAAUGUUAAUUGGUUAAAUCACAUUGACUUGGGGGGGGGGGGGGUUAACCAAACAAACAUGAUUGAUUUACAUAAGGGAUUGAUACAGAUGUAUAACGAGGUAUUGAAGCAGGAGAAUUUUGCUAUAAUUAAAAACAAUUUUAAAAUACAGCUACAAAAGACCACAGAAGCUAUUUUUAAGCUCCAUCUAGUAUAAAUAUUUUUUAUGGCUGCUACUAGAAACAGGACAGUGGAUGACAUAUUUGAUGAAGACCAAACAAUUGAAAGCUGAUGAGAGCACGUCACUAAACAAAGCAAGCACUUAUUCUUGUUACAACUCAUCCUCAUUAAAAUUAAAGCCUUAUAGGACGUCAUCAAAAUUUAUUUUUAUUUUUCAGGGUUAUCCGUGGAGGAAAUAAUUUGUGUGAUGGUGAAAUGACACAUGCUAACUUAGAAGUUGUUAUGAACAGAAUUAAUGAACUCAAAUUUGGGCACAAGAAACAAGUAAGAAAUAAUUAUGAAAUAAAACAAAUGUUUCUUCACAUAAUCCAAAAUUUUUUAGGUCUGAUGGUAGAAUUUUAAAUUAUAUGAUACUUAUAAAAAAAGACUUAGCUUGACUAAAAUGUGUUAAUCUCUUUUAUAUAUUACGCUUCUGGUGUGACUCAUGGACUGCUGCUGCUUCCACUUCUGGAUGCUUCCUAUUUGGUGUAUUUGGUUUUGAAAUUAUAUUACAAAUAAUUAUAUAUGUUUUAAAGAAAGUAUAGUUCAAUAAAUGAGUUCAUUAGCAUGCAAAAUAUAAUUCCCGAUAACUACACUAAAUGAUAUAUAUAUAUAUUUUUUUUAAGUUUAAAAGUGGUUGUGACAUCAGUAUACUUAAUAUAGUUCAUGGGUGCAAAAUAAAAAGUGUACAAUGAUGUAUCAUGGGGGGUGUAUCCAAAAUUGGGGUUCUUAAAUGUGCAUUACUUGAGUUUAUGUUUUGUUAAGUAACUUUAGUAGAUUGGAAGGUCAACCAUAGCCGCCACCAAUGUUUGGCGGGCUAUAUCUAGUCUAAAAUAAUUCAUCCCUAAGGUGAAGUCUAAUAAAAAGAAUAAUCACAAUUUUGACACAUUAAAUUGUCCUAGGUUACCUGAAUAUAUUGAAAUUUGAUUUCAGGAGGAAAUACAAAAAGGCAAGCCAGAAAAGAUAUCUAGACACUUAUAUGCUAACACCUUUGGACCAACAGUUGGUGACAAGGUACAAUUUAUAAUUAUUUUUAAUAAGACUAUAAUCUUAUAUAACAAUUGUAAAAAUAUAUGUACCAGAACUGUAUCUUAUUUCAUGUGCAAUAUGUACAAGUGAUGAGUUAUUUCAAUUAUUUUUUUUAAAAAUAGCUCAUAAAUAGUUUUGUUUUCUGAUAUGGUAUAAUAUAGAGUAAUAGAUGGCUUUAAACUCUAUCUACAGGUACGUCUAGGUGAUACUAGUCUUAUCAUUGAAGUUGAAAAAGAUUUUACAAUCUAUGGUGAUGAGUGCAAAUUUGGAGGUGGUAAGGUAAUUAAAAAUGAUUUACUACUAUGAUUAGUAAACAAAGUAGUUCCUUAUUAGCCCUUAAGCUUAAAUGAAUGAUUUUUUUCAUUGGCAUUCAAUUUUUCUUAAUUGCCCUUUUUUAUAGCAAUGUUUUAACUAAACUUGUUAUAGCAAUGUUUUAACUAAACUUGUUAUAGCAAUGUUUUAACUAAACUUGUUAUAGCAAUGUUUUAACUAAACUUGUUAUAAGUUAUAGCAAUGUUUUAACUACAUUUGUUAUAGCAAUGUUUUAACUAAACUUGUUAAGCAAUGUUUUAACUAAACUUGUUAUAGCAAUGUUUUAACUAAACUUGUUAUAGCAAUGUUUUAACUAAACUUGUUAUAGCAAUGUUUUAACUAAACUUGUUGUAGCAAUGUUUUAACUAAACUUGUUAUAGCAAUGUUUUAACUAAACUUGUUAUAGCAAUGUUUUAACUACAUUUGUUAUAGCAAUGUUUUAACUAAACUUGUUAAGCAAUGUUUUAACUAAACUUGUUAUAGCAAUGUUUUAACUACACUUAAUAUAGCAAUGUUUUAACUACACUUCUUAUACCAAUGUUUUAACUAAACUUGUUAUAGCAAUGUUUUAACUACACUUAUUAUUAUAGCAAUGUUUUAACUACAAUUGUUAUAGCAAUCUUCUAACUACACUGCUUAUAGCAAUGUUUUAACUACACUUGUUAUAGUAAUCUUUUUACUACACUUGUUAUAGCAAUGUUUUAACUACACUUAUUAUAGCAAUGUUUUAACUACAAUUGUUACAGCAAUCUUUUUACUGCAAUGUUCAUGUACUGGUAACAAUAAUGUUUACAUUUUAUUGUACAUUAUUGUAAAACUUUUGGAAAAUGUAUGUUUAAAGCCCAAACUUCAUUAAAAUAAUUUUCUAUACAAAUCAGGUUUUAAGAGAUGGUAUGGGCCAGGCAUCAAGACUGGACAGUGGUCAAGCGCUUGACACAGUAAUCACUAAUGCACUUAUACUAGAUGCAAUCACUGGAAUUAUAAAGGCGGACAUUGGCAUUAAGGUACUUAGGUUCUUAAGCAGAUUGAACUUGACAUUGCUCAUUAUUGGUUAGCAUUUAGAGAUGAUGAUGUCACCACGUUUAAUAUUAUAAUGUCCAUAUACAGUUUGUAAAUGAGCAUAAUGGUUGAUAUUUUAAACUUACUUACAAAGAUAUGUCCAUUAAAACAACAAAAAGAACAUAUAAAGCUUAAUUUGUUAAAAAUAAUUAUUUUGAUGAGAUUUUUUAAUGUCAUCAUCUAUUAUGUUCUAUACACACUUCAGAAUUCCCAUAACAAUUUUUAUACAAUAUUGUUUGGAAAUUUCAGGACAAGAAAUAAACAAAUAAAACAUUCCAAAUUUUUUCAUCAUUUGAUUACAAGUUAACAUCAUUAAAAAAUACUUAUUAAAAAAAAAUUAAUAAUUUUACAAAACAUUUUUGACAUUAUUAACAAUUAAAGUAAAAAUAAUCAUAGCAAUAGCUCGAAAUUAGAAUUCUUAUCUCAUAAAGGAACUAAAAGGUUGACAACUACGGAAAAAUUUAUGUUACAUUUAAAUUAUGACUUUCCGAUCAACAGAAUGGUAAAAUUGUUGGUAUUGGCAAGGCUGGAAACCCUGAUGUUAUGGAUGGGGUAAAUAAGGUAAUGGAACAUUUAUCUUAUGACAAUGUCCUUCAGUUUUGUGGAGAAUUUAUUUUAUUUUAUAAAAUUUAAAUAACUUUAUUUUUCAUCAUACAAAGUAAGCCACCAGCUUGAUGUUUUAAGUUUUAAAGGUUAAAUGUAUAGUCAGUUUUUUUUUUCAAAUUCCUUAUCUGUGUUAUAUUUACAAUGUAAAAUCCAGAUGUAAAUGUGGCAGUCAAGGAAUCCAUGGGAAAUAAAUAUUUAAAUUAACUUUUAGAUUUUAUGUCUCUUGCAGACACAAUAAACAUUUCAGAACAUCACUGAUUCUCGAGGUAUUAGAAGUAUAAUUUUGUUCAAAGUGGAACAAAAAUUACAUCAAUAUUUAUAAGGAAGUUUAAACUAUUAUACAGGAUAUUUUAGCAAAAUUAAAAUAUUUAAAUAUAAUUUCAAAUUUAUUCCAUCAGAAUAUGAUAGUUGGAGCUUGUACAGAAGCAAUUGCUGCAGAAGGAAUGAUAAUAACAGCUGGUGCAAUUGACACUCAUGUACAUUUAAUCUGCCCUCAACUGGCCAAAGAAGCCAUAGCUUCUGGGAUAACAUCUCUGAUAGGUGGGGGAACGGGACCAGCUACAGGCACCAAUGCAACUACUUGUUCACCUGGGACGAAUCACAUCAGGUAUUUUACAAAACAUGUAGUAAACUUACCGUAAAAAGUUAUUUUAUGAUAUAAAUUAAAAUAUUAGCUUCAUGGCACAUUUUAGUGCUGUUUCCUGCCUCUUGUAAAGAGUUAUUGGACUUGAAUUAAUACAUGAUGGUUACAGCUUUGGAUAAAUAGCAGAAUGGAACUGACUCAUUAGCAAACUGAGUCAUCUAUUUCUUGGGAGUAAGUAAACUUUGGGUAAAGUCCUCAACCACAAAAGUAGGAAGAUGGCGAAAAUUUUGCAUACCGGUAUGAGUUAAAAAAUCAAUUGUCCACACAAACAAUCAGUUAUAGCUUUACCAGUUAAUCUGCUGCAGCUGGAAUAAAUCUGAAUUUUAAAAAUAAAACAACAUUAUAAAAUAAAUAAAUUGCAUGAGUGUUUAAUAUUUUGCAUUUGAAUAAUAAUAGACUAUUUAAACAUUUAUAGCACAAUUGUUUUUUCGAAUUUCACUUGCUAGGAUAGGAACUUAUGGGGAUUAUUAAUUUAAAGAAAAAAUAAAUUAUAUAAUUUUUUUUUAAAGUUUAAUAUAAAUGUGUCCAAGUGAAAUAUAACUUAUUGUGUCUUAAAUAAUGAAGAACCCACACUUUAACUUUUAAGGGUUUUAAAAGGUUUCUCAAAUUUUUAAAAUUAUUUUCAAUUGAACAUUUAUUUAUAAUUUUAAGUCUGAUAAAUAUAGUUUGUUAUAUAAACUAAGGCAAUGUCAUAGUCAUUUUGAGGAGAUGUGCUUAUUGUUAAAAUGAAGUAAGCAAAUCAUUAUAAUAUUUAAAAAGAAGAAAUAUUUCUUCUAUGAAAGUUAGUCCUUAAUUUAAAAUCUUAAUAAUUGUAUCAGUACUCAAAAUGUUCCUAUGUUCACUUGCACAGACAUAUUAUGCAGGCAACAGAUUGCUUCCCACUCAAUUUUGGUUUUACUGGCAAAGGAAACACAUCACAAACUGACAAAGUACCAGAGGAAUUAUGGGAACAGAUAAAAGCUGGAGCAAUGGGGUAAAUAUCAUCUCAUUAAAAGCAUAUAUUUUAAAAUUACCUAUCCUCAUUAUCAGCUAUGCUACCAUUUCAUUUGCUCUGUAGAACAAGGUUCAGACAACAUUACUUCCCUUUCUUAAGUUUUCGUUUUGUUUUUCCUCACUUCCUUCCUUUAUUCUGCUACUGAUAGAUUAAAGCUUCAUGAAGACUGGGGCAGCACUCCUGCUGCUAUUGAUGCUUGUCUAAAUGCAGCUGAGAAGGCAGAUAUACAGGUAAAUAAAUUCCAGAGCUGUUCCUUGGGCAAUACUAUUUAGGUACUUGUUAUUUGGUCCAAGAAGCUGAGUGUGCAAAUGACAAACCAGAUUUUAAAAUGAGGAAUUAGUAUGUUUUGGAGUUGCCAAAAAAUAUUUAUUCUUAUUAGGACAAACAUCCUAAAUAUAAUGAUCAUUAAUAAUCUUAAGCAGUCUUGAGUUUCCAUAUUCAUAAUAAAUAUAUUUCCCAUCAUUUGCAAAUAAAACAAAAUACAUUGCUAUGCCUAUUAUUUUUAUUUUUUAAAAAUCUACUUUCCUUAAAAAUAUUUAUUGCAUUUAAAGCUUAAUAGACAUACAAUGUUGUUAUUGAAUAUUAAAACACCUAUUUGUAUAGGUAAUGAUCCACACUGAUACACUGAAUGAAUCAGCUUGCGUUGAAAGAACUAUUGAAACAUUUAAAGGACGAACCAUACACACUUAUCAUACAGAAGGAGCUGGUGGAGGACACGCCCCAGAUAUCAUUAAGUAAAUAUUUGAAUUUGAUAGUCUAUCAAUAUUUCUAAUUAAUGGUUACCGAAUGUUUGUAUGAAAGAAAUUUGUUAGAAGGAAAAUGGUGCAAUGGAAGUGGAAGUUUGUUCAAGUAGAGUUUGGUCAAAAUGAAGUAAUAGGGAAAAAACAAGAAAAAUUUAGUUAAAAUUGUUCCUUUUGCCACCUACAACUUACCUGAAAACAAUGAACAAAUAAAUAAAUAAAUAUAUAUUCUAUUUAAAAAAAUAAUUUUGAAAAUACUUCCAUCAAAUUUCUUUUAAACAAUUUUCUUUCAAUCAAUUUCUUGAUACACUAAUGAAUACAGUACAUCAUAAAAUUAUUUUUCCAAAGCUUUGGUACCGUUACGUCUCACUUCACAAACAUCAAGUGAAAAUAAAAACUUUUUGGGGUGAAAAUGCCAGUAGGACAAUUAAAAACUUAAAAAUAUGUAUUAUGGAAUUGUGUUUAAAAAAAUAGACUGUUAUUCAAUAUUUGCAGAGUUUGUGGUAUAAAGCAUGUCUUGCCCUCCUCUACCAAUCCCACUCGCCCUUACACAGUGAAUACUUUGGAUGAACACCUUGAUAUGCUGAUGGUUUGUCACCAUUUAGACAAGUAUGAUCUCUAAAUAAUAACUUACUUGACAAUAAGAAUUUACUUUACAUAUGUUGAAACCAUUAAAAUUCAAUAUACCAUAAAUAUUUAUAAUUGCAUCAAACCUAAAAAUAAAUUAACAUUUACACAUAUAAAAUUAUCAUUUUAGCUUUACAAAAAUUAAUAAAUUUGCUAAUAAAAUAAAAUAAUUUUUGCAUUUAUCAAAAUGGUUUAUGUAAACAUUUCAUUUGUUAAAAGACUCAUUUGUUAAAGGACUUUAUUCCUUUUUUGGUUAGAAACUUGAAAGAAGAUGUGGCCUUUGCAGAGUCUAGAAUUCGUGCAGAGACCAUUGCAGCAGAGGAUAUACUUCAUGACCUUGGUGCAAUCAGUAUGAUGGGUUCUGAUUCUCAGGUGAGCAUGGCUGUAACUUCAGUUGCAACUUUUUCAAGCUCUUGAUAAGCUCAUUUUAUUAUUCAUGCUCAAAUCCAAGUUUGUGACUAACUAACAAACAGUCCAAAAAAGAAUAAUUUUCAUAUCUAAUUUAUUUUCCUAAAACUAUAUUAAAAAUUUGAAGCAUCUGCCUCCUUUAUAUUUCAACUAAUUUUAAUGAAUGCAUUUAAUUAGUGUCAAAAUGAAGUAAUAGGGAAAAAACAAGAAAAAUUUAGUUAAAAUUUUUCCUUUUGCCACCUACAACUUAUCUGAAAACAAUGAACAAAUAAAUAAAUAAAUAUAUAUUCUAUUUAAAAAAAUAAUUUUGAAAAUACUUCCAUCAAAUUUCUUUUAAACAAUUUUCUUUCAAUCAAUUUCUUGAUACACUAAUGAAUACAGUACAUCUUAAAAUUAUUUUUCCAAAGCUUUGGUACCGGUACAUCUCACUUCACAAAUAAUGAAACAAACUUAAAUUAAUUUUAGUUUUACUGUAUUCUAUAAUUCUAUCAAUAAAUGGGAGGAGACAUCUAAAAAUUAAACAUUUGAAAGUAAAAAGCUUAGUUUUUAGUUUGGAAGGAAAAUAAAGUAAGCCUACUCAUUGACAUUAUUUUUUUCUCUUUGAUUUUAGGCUAUGGGUCGUAUAGGUGAGGUUAUUAUCAGAACAUGGCAGACAGCAGACAAGAUGAAACAAUUUCGAGGAAAGUUGGUUGAUGAGAAGGUAACAGCUAAAAUCAUUCAUUUCAUUGUAUAGCUUGUGAAAUACUACUUGAUUAUGUUUUUUUCUAAUUCAAAACAAAAACACAAGUCCCUUUUAAUUUGCAAUUUUCUUUCCUCUAAAGGUUUUUGCGCCCACUCCUAUUUUGUUCUCUUUUUUAUAUGUAUGAUAUAUGUAUAUAUAUAUUAUGUAAAUAUAAUUUAUACUUAUUUAAAUGUUUUGUUGUUAUACUGAUGAAGGCAUGUGCUGAGAAACGUUUAUACUUGUGUGUUAUGUACAAUUAUAAUUAAAGCUUAUAAUAUUUUGUUAUAUUGACACAAGUUGUUGAUGUCUAAUUAAUCUAAAGGGAGAUAAUGACAAUAUCAGAGUGAAGCGUUAUGUGGCAAAGUAUACAAUCAAUCCUGCCAUUGCUCAUGGAGUUGCUGGUCUUGUUGGUUCUGUAGAGGUUAGGAGUUUUGAUUUUUUAACCCUUUAAAAUGGCUUUUUUGUUAUUCCAUGCUUUAAAUCUUUUUAAAAGAAAAUACUAAAAAUCAUUAACAUCAAAUCAGUAUGGAUAGUGGUGCUUUUCAAAUGAAUAUUGAUGAAAGUUUAGAAACAUUUAAAUUUAACAUUUAUUAAAAUCAAAAAAGGUUUUUUAAUCAUUUUUUUUAUAUACAGGAAGGCAAACUGGCUGAUUUGGUACUCUGGACUCCAACUUUCUUUGGAGCCAAGCCAGAUAUGAUUCUAAAAGGAGGACAAAUAGCCUGGGCUCAGAUGGGUAUGAGAAUUUAAAUGUGAAUAUUUAUCUUGUUAGUUAUAUAUUGUUUCAUUUAGUAUUAAAAUGUCAUUUUCCAGCCAAUUCAAUUGCCUAAUUGGCAAAAUUUUCACAUUAUAUAUUUUUUGAUUUAGAUUAAAAAGUACUAUUUUGUGUAUUUAGCUAAGUGAAAGAAUCAAAACAAUUAGUGAUAUGAUCCUGCCUAGUUGGAAAAAUGUAAAAAUAUUUUCCACAUUUGUUAACUCUUAAGUUUAACAAAAAUCAUCAAAAUUGUCUGUAAGAUUAGUAAAGAGUAAAAAAUAUUUUACACUGUUUUUUUUUUAGGUUUAGCUAAUGCUUCGAUACCAACACCUGAACCUGUUAAGCAAAGAAAAAUGUUUGGAGCAUAUGGGAAAGCCGUUGGACCACAGUCAUAUGUCUUUGUAAACAAAGUAUGUCAUUGUAGUCAUUAUUAUCAAAUAGAAUUUAUAAUAUUUUCUUGACACUAAGAAAAAGAAUUUAUAAGAAUGACUUAUGCAUUGUAAGAUGCAAUAUAAUAAAUUGAAUAUAUAUGUACAACAUUCAUGAGCCAGUUUUGUCAUAUUCCAGUAUUAUUUAAUAGUAUCCACAGCAAAAGAUAGACAUUAGAUAAUAUAUAAUUAAUUUAUAACAAAACUCUUUCCCUUCACCAGAUUGCUGUCCAGUUCAAUAUAUUAAAAGAGUAUGGCUUAUCAAAGCAAUUUUACCCUGUAUCUAACUGUAGGAGUAUAAGCAAAAAAGAUAUGGUGCUUAAUGAUUUUUGUCCAAAACUUGAAGGUAAGUACUCUUUUCUCAGUAGACUAGCAUCUUGUCAUAGCAAAUGUCAUUGUUGAAACAGCCUUAAUAUUUUCAUCAAUUUCUGCUUUAUGUUUCUUAGAUUUAUUUUCUAAAUUUUUAUAUAAUAAAUAUACUCAAAAUAUAAUACAUUUUUUAAAGUUAAAGAAAACAAUUCUCAUAAAGAAAAAAAUGCUUGGGUACUUUCUUGUGAAUAAGGAAUAAAUGAAGAAAUGUAUGCAAAAUGUAUGAUUCUUUAAAUUUACAUCUCUCUGCAAUAAAUUUACAUGUACCAGUAUUAAAAUUAAAUAAUAAGUAGCAUUAAAAAGGUAUAAAUACACCAUAACUUGUACUAUUAGCUUAAGAAAUUUUGACAAUUGUCAAAUAUAUUUUCCCAAAGUUAGGCCUAAACUUCUUUAAAUAUUAUUUAAAAAAUAAUUACAUUUUAUUUCAUUCAGUGGACCCACAGAGCUACUCUGUCACACUUAUUCACAAUGGGAUGAAGAACAUUGAGUUACUGACCUGUCCUCCUGCAGACAGACUACCUUUGGCACAAAGAUAUUUUUUAUUUUGAUUUUAACUUACCUUAUCACUUGGCUGAGAGCUUCAAACCUUAUCACUUGGCUGAGAGCUUCAAACCUUAUCACUUGGCUGAGAGCUUUAAACCUUAUCACUUGGCUGAGAGCUUCAAACUAGAAAAGAAAGUACCUGUAAUGAUGCCAAUAUUUUUUUUUUGAGACAUGCUUUCUCCACAUGUGUAUAUAUUUUAACAUGAUUUUAGUUUUAAAAAACAUAUAAUAUAUGUCAUCAUCUUUCUUGCUCUCCCACCCCCACCCAAGAUUAAUAAAAUUGCAAGGGUGUGCACCAUUUUCUUUUUUUACUUUUUAAAUUAAUUACAAAACAAUUUUGAGGUUAAAAGCUUACAUCAAAGUUUUUUCCUAUCGAUACAUCUGUUAUUGAGUCAUAAGAACUGCUGGGCAAGGGAAAAUACUUCCAGCUUUCUUACCUAUCCCCCUCUAGACCUGUUGGGGGCCCUUCUUGCACCGGGACAGUAUGUUAGUUAACAUAUUACAACUGGUACCUUCUUGUACAG